UCGCGAGAUUUGGUAGGCGGAGGCGGAGCCGUCACAGGCAGCCGCCUCACAGCAAUGGCGGCCGAGCAGGGCCGGCGGCGGAGGAGGAUACGACUACGGCCGGUGACGGCAGCGGCGGCGGUAGUGGCGGGUGGCGGGGGUCUGUGAUCGGGAGCCGCCCGCGGGCCCGGGCAUCAUGAGCCAAGGCCCCCCCACCGGGGAGAGCAGCGAACCCGAAGCUAAGGUUCUCCACACCAAGCGGCUUUACCGGGCUGUGGUGGAGGCUGUGCAUCGACUUGACCUCAUUCUUUGCAACAAAACCGCUUAUCAAGAAGUGUUCAAACCUGAGAACAUUAGCCUGAGGAACAAGCUGCGCGAGCUCUGCGUCAAGCUUAUGUUCCUCCAUCCAGUUGAUUAUGGGAGGAAGGCUGAGGAACUGCUGUGGAGAAAGGUGUACUAUGAAGUUAUCCAGCUCAUUAAGACGAACAAAAAGCACAUCCACAGCCGGAGCACCUUGGAAUGUGCCUAUAGGACACACCUGGUUGCUGGUAUUGGCUUCUACCAGCAUCUCCUCCUCUAUAUUCAGUCCCACUACCAGCUGGAGCUGCAGUGCUGCAUUGACUGGACUCAUGUCACCGACCCCCUCAUAGGAUGCAAGAAGCCAAUAUCUGCCUCAGGGAAGGAGAUGGACUGGGCACAGAUGGCUUGCCACCGAUGUCUGGUGUACCUGGGGGAUCUUUCACGCUAUCAGAACGAACUAGCUGGUGUAGACACCGAGCUGCUUGCCGAGAGAUUCUACUAUCAAGCUCUGUCAGUAGCUCCCCAGAUUGGAAUGCCCUUCAACCAGCUCGGCACCCUUGCAGGCAGCAAGUACUACAACGUGGAAGCCAUGUAUUGCUACCUGCGCUGCAUCCAGUCAGAAGUGUCCUUUGAGGGGGCCUAUGGGAACCUCAAGCGGCUGUAUGAUAAGGCAGCCAAAAUGUACCACCAGCUGAAGAAGUGUGAGACUCGGAAACUCUCUCCUGGCAGAAAGCGAUGCAAAGACAUUAAGAGGUUGCUGGUGAACUUCAUGUACCUGCAGAGCCUCCUGCAGCCCAAAAGCAGCUCUGUUGACUCUGAGCUCACUUCACUUUGCCAGUCAGUCCUGGAAGACUUCAACCUGUGUCUCUUCUACCUGCCCUCCUCACCCAACCUCAGCCUGGCAAGUGAGGAGGAGGAGGAGUAUGAGAGUGGGUAUGCUUUCCUCCCAGACCUGCUGCUCUUUCAGAUGGUCAUCAUCUGCCUCAUGGGUGUGCACAGCCUGAAGAGAGCAGGAUCCAAGCAGUACAGUGCAGCCAUUGCUUUCACCCUGGCCCUCUUCUCCCACCUUGUCAACCACGUCAACAUACGACUGCAGGCUGAGCUGGAAGAGGGCGAGAACCCCGUGCCAGCGUUCCAGAGCGACGGUGCAGAUGAGCCAGAGUCCAAGGAACCACUGGAGAAAGAGGAGGAACCAGAUCCUGAACCUCCUUCCACAGUACCCCACAUGGGUGAGGGUAGGAAGAGCCGGAAGUUCUCCCGCCUCUCCUGCCUCCGCCGCCGCCGCCACCGCCACCCACCCAAAGCUGGUGAUGACAGUGACCUGAGUGAAGGCUUUGAAUCAGACUCAAGCCAUGACUCAGCCCGGGCCAGCGAAGGCUCGGACAGUGGCUCUGACAAGAGUCUGGAAGGUGGGGGCACAGCCUUUGAUGCUGAGACAGACUCAGAAAUGAACAGCCAGGAGUCCCGGUCAGACCUGGAAGAUAUGGAGGAUGAGGAGGGGACCAGGUCCCCAGCUGUGGAGCCCCCUCGGGCCAGAUCAGAGGCUCCUGAUUCCCUCAAUGGCCCCCUGGGCCCCAGUGAAGCUAGCAUUGCCAGCAAUCUGCAAGCCAUGUCCACCCAGAUGUUCCAGACCAAGCGCUGCUUCCGGCUGGCUCCCACCUUCAGCAACCUGCUCCUGCAGCCCACUGCUGCACCUCACGCCUUGGCCGACUGCAGGCCCUGUGUCAAUGGGGAUGUGGAUAAGCCCUCUGAGCCAGCCUCUGAGGAGGGCUCCGAGUCAGAGGGCAGCGAGUCCAGCGGGCGAUCAUGUCGUAAUGAGCGCAGCCUACAGGAGAAGCUGCAGGUCCUAACUGCUGAGGGCCUGCUUCCUGCUGUGAAGAUCUUCCUGGACUGGCUACGGACCAACCCUGACCUCAUCGUCGUGUGUGCACAGAGCUCUCAGAGUUUGUGGAAUCGCCUGUCGGUGUUGCUGAAUCUGUUGCCUGCUGCUGGUGAACUCCAGGAGUCUGGCCUGGCCUUGUGUCCAGAGGUCCAGGAUCUCCUUGAAGGCUGUGAACUGCCUGACCUCCCCUCCAGCCUGCUGCUCCCAGAGGACAUGGCACUUCGCAACCUGCCUCCCCUCCGGGCUGCUCACAGACGCUUCAACUUUGACGCAGAUCGGCCCUUGCUCAGCGCCUUAGAAGAGUCUGUGGUGCGCAUCUGCUGCAUCCGUAGCUUUGGACACUUUGUGGCCCGCCUGCAAGGCAGCAUCCUACAGUUCAACCCGGAAGUUGGCAUCUUCAUCAGCAUUGCCCAGUCUGAGCAAGAGAGCCUGCUGCAGCAGGCCCAGGCGCAGUUCCGCAUGGCACAGGAGGAGGCCCGGCGGAACCGGCUGAUGCGGGACAUGGCGCAGCUGCGGCUGCAGCUCGAAGUCUCUCAGUUGGAAGGCAGCCUGCAGCAGCCCAAGGCUCAGUCAGCUAUGUCUCCCUACCUCGUCCCUGACACCCAGGCCCUCUGCCACCACCUCCCUGUCAUCCGCCAGCUGGCCACCAGUGGACGCUUCAUUGUUAUCAUCCCACGGACAGUGAUUGAUGGUCUGGAUUUGCUGAAGAAGGAGCACCCGGGGGCCCGGGAUGGGAUCCGUUAUCUGGAGGCAGAGUUUAAAAAAGGAAAUAGGUACAUUCGCUGCCAGAAGGAAGUGGGCAAGAGCUUCGAACGGCAUAAGCUGAAGAGACAGGAUGCAGAUGCCUGGACUCUCUAUAAGAUCCUGGACAGCUGCAAACAGCUGACUUUGGCCCAGGGGGCAGGGGAGGAGGACCCGAGCGGUAUGGUGACCAUCAUCACAGGCCUUCCACUGGACAACCCCAGUGCGCUCUCGGGGCCCAUGCAGGCAACCCUGCAGGCCGCUGCCCAUGCCAGCGUGGACAUCAAGAACGUUCUGGAUUUCUACAAGCAAUGGAAGGAGAUUGGCUGAGACUGACCCCAGGCCCUACAGUAGGGCAGACUCCAGAUCUCUCCUGCUCUCCCUGGCAGCCAGGACCACCACCUGUAGUCACCCCACCAAUGCAGACUCAGUGUACACAGGAAGGAAACCCAGCUGCCAAGAGGCUGGGGAGGGCCCUAGAGCCAGCUGGGAGGGUGGGGUCCCUCUGUUGCCAAGGCAACGGCAGGAAAGCCAGGGAAGUGCUUGGAGCAGGAGAGGCCUGUGGGCCCCAGCCAACACUCCCUACCGACCCUCCUGCUGUCCCGAGGCAGGUGGCAGGCACAGGUGUUUGUAUUUCAUUGCAGUGGUUGCUGGACCUCUAGGGGAAGGGACAGCAGAAAGGGCCCUUCGUCCUCACCCAAGGACAGGGUAGUGGGGCCAGGAGUUGGACCCUCCAGGCCCUGGGGGAAGAGUUGGGUGAUACCAGGUAUCUGGAUGGCUCUGCAGACUCUUCUUCACCUCCCUUUGGGGUACUGGGUGACCCUGGAGUUGCUGGGGCCCUAGGAAAACAGGGUCCAAGCGGCCUGUACCACACCGCAGGGGCCACACUGCUCCUGCUCCUACCUGCCUCUAGUGGCCCUGGGCUGCAGGCAGCGUGGUCCGUGUGCUCCUGUGGUGCUGUGUUCUUGGCUGCUGUGCUAGGCAGUGGGGGUGCCAGUAAGAGAAGAAGGGGGAGCGGUGCAGGCUGCGACCAUCCCCUUCCUGUCUUGGGAGGCCUGAAGACAAGGGGCAGCGUUCGAUGGGCACAAAAAGGAGCGGCUUACUGCCCUGACGGGCUCCCCUCCUUUUGCCCUUCCCCAGGAUGAAAGGCCUGGGGGGCUGAGCCGGGGCAGGCGAUGGUGGGGCGCAGAGAUCAUGAGUAGCUCAGGGCAGUGAACAGGCACAGGGAACAGCACCAGGGCUGGGGUGGACCUAGUCCUGCUGCCCCCGCCCACCCCAGUGCCAGCCUUGCUUCCCAGGCUGUGCUUAGAGGGGAACCGGCUUCCUGCCUGCUUCCUUCAAGACAAUGUGUCCAGAGAAGCUGGGGGAAUGGGGUCACCCCACUUCCUGGCAGAGACUGAGACAAAAGCAUCAUUAAAUAAAGACCCCCCAAGUCUCCCUG